UCCUGCUGACCUCGCAGCCUACCAGUCACAACAAAGCCCUCAGUGGCCGAGUAACUGCAAAUGCAAUUACUCGUGUCGAUCAUAGCUGCACCCCGGGAGACGCCCCCCUCCCAACAGCUGCAGCGCUUAGUCUCCCGGCCUCGCAAGAGGGGGCAGAAGCGGAGCUUGCCCAGCAGCGGCGCUAGAGACGGGAGCAGUUCACGGUGCCGCCGCUGGGCACCGGGGGGCACUUUGAUUGCAACUCAAACCCGGCCCCGGGGCGCCACCUACCGGCUCGCGAGCCCGGCCACAAAUACCACGUGCGCCGCAGCCGCCUGAGCCGGGCUCCCAGGCAGCGGCGGCCGUCUUAGACGAAGAGCAAGAAUGGCAGAGAGACCUAUGUGGGAGCAAGUUGGAACAAGUUUUGUGCAUCUCUAUUACCAGCGUUUUGAUUCCAGUAGAGUAGAGCUAAGUGCUCUCUAUACAGAUGCUUCUUGCUUGUCCUGGGAAGGACAGCAAUUCCAAGGAAAAACAGCCAUCAUGGAAAAGUUGAUGAGCCUUCCAUUCCAAAAAAUCCAACACAGCAUAACAUCUCAAGAUCACCAACCAGCGCCUGAUAACUGUAUACUUAGUAUGGUGGUUGGUCAGCUGAAGGUGGAUAAUGACCCAGUGAUGGGGUUCCACCAGCUGUUUGUUCUCAAGAAUAUUAGUGACAAUUGGGUUUGCACCAAUGACAUAUUUAGACUGGCCCUGUACAACUUCGCUUGAAUUUUUUUCUGUUCUCAAAUGUUUCUACUGCCACUUUCAAAUCUGA